ACGAGUAUGAGGUUAGAGGGUUAGCUUAGCAUUACUGACUGACUGAGUGAAUAACACGGUCGUGUCUCUGUGGUCUCUCCUCUGCUGCACACACAAAUUUGUACUGACACACAGAGGAGGAUGUCUGCGACGAUGAAAAAUCCUUUUCAACAUAUAGUUGAGCCUCUGGACCCCAAGGACCCAAAGCAGCAGUUUUACAAUCUUUCCAAACUUGGAGAUCCCAGAUAUGACCGUCUGCCGUUCUCCAUCCGGGUCCUCCUGGAGUCUGCUGUCAGGAACUGUGAUGAGUUUCUGGUGAAGCGCUCAGAUGUGGAAAGCAUCCUCAACUGGAAGCAGACCCAGACCCAAACCGUGGAGGUACCAUUCAGACCGGCUCGUGUCAUCCUCCAGGACUUCACUGGUGUCCCUGCUGUGGUGGACUUUGCUGCAAUGCGUGAUGCGGUGAUGAAACUAGGCGGUGACCCAGAGAAGAUUAAUCCUGUUUGCCCUGCUGACCUCGUCAUCGAUCAUUCCAUCCAAGUGGACUUUAACAGGAAGUCCGAUAGCGUUCAGAAAAACCAGGACUUGGAGUUUGACCGCAACAAAGAGAGAUUUCAGUUCUUAAAGUGGGGCUCUAAAGCCUUCAGGAACAUGCGAAUCAUUCCUCCUGGUUCAGGGAUCGUUCACCAGGUCAACCUGGAGUACCUGGCUAGAGUGGUGUUUAACUACGAUGGGUACUUCUACCCCGACAGCCUGGUGGGCACCGACUCCCACACCACAAUGAUCGAUGGACUGGGAGUCCUGGGCUGGGGUGUGGGUGGGAUUGAGGCGGAGGCUGUUAUGCUGGGUCAGCCAAUCAGCAUGGUGCUGCCUGAGGUGGUGGGAUACAAGCUGUCCGGGACCCCAGACAAGUUCAUUACCUCCACUGACAUCGUCCUCACAGUCACUAAGCACCUCCGUCAGGUAGGUGUCGUGGGGAAGUUUGUGGAGUUUUUUGGCCCGGGGGUUGCUCAGCUGUCCAUCGCUGACAGAGCCACCAUCGCCAACAUGUGUCCAGAGUACGGAGCCACCGCAGCUUUCUUCCCCGUGGACAACGUCAGCAUUCAGUACCUGGAGCAGACCGGGAGAGAAGCAGAAAGACUGGCCUACAUUACAAAGUACCUGAAGGCAGUGGGCAUGUUCAGAGACUACAGCAACGUCUCUCAGGAUCCGGAUUUCACUCAGGUUGUAGGGCUGGAUCUGAGUACAGUGGUUCCAUGCUGCAGCGGCCCCAAAAGACCUCAGGACAGAAUUGCUGUGGCCGACAUGAAAACAGACUUGGAAGCCUGCCUCGGAGCAAAGCAAGGUUUCAAGGGUUUCCAGGUGGCUCCUGAUCGUCACAACGCCGUGGUCCCCUUCCAGUUCAAUGGAAAAGAGUAUGCGUUAAGCCACGGCUCUGUGGUCAUCGCUGCUAUCACCAGCUGCACCAACACUAGCAACCCAUCUGUCAUGCUCGGAGCAGGGAUGCUUGCAAAAAAAGCAAUAGAGUGUGGUUUGAGCGUGAAGCCGUACAUAAAGACCAGCCUGUCGCCUGGCAGUGGAGUGGUCACCUACUACCUAAAGGAGAGUGGUGUUAUGGACUAUCUCUCUCAGCUGGGCUUUGAGGUUGUAGGCUAUGGUUGCAUGACCUGUAUAGGCAACAGUGGGCCGCUCCCAGAGCCGGUGGUGGAGGCCAUAACCCAGGGAGAUCUGGUUGCUGCAGGUAUUCUGUCAGGAAACAGAAACUUUGAAGGGAGAGUCCACCCCAACACCAGAGCUAACUACCUGGCUUCCCCACCACUCGUCAUCGCCUACGCAAUAGCCGGCACUGUGAGGAUAGACUUUGACAAAGAACCCAUUGCCGUUAACGCUGAAGGCAAAGAGAUUUUCCUGAGGGAUAUCUGGCCCACGCGGGAGGAGAUCCAGGCUGUGGAGAGAACCUUUGUCAUCCCGUCAAUGUUCAAAGAAGUCUAUGAGAAGAUUGAGAGAGUGAAUGAACGCUGGAACUCUCUGGUUGCUCCCUCUGACAAGCUGUAUGCCUGGGACCCCAAAUCCACCUACAUCAAGUCCCCACCGUUCUUCGAUGGCUUGACCAGGAAGCUGCAGCCACCCAAGUCCAUACAUGACGCCCACGUGCUGCUCAACUUCGGAGACUCGGUCACCACCGACCACAUUUCUCCUGCAGGGAACAUCGCCAGGAACAGCCCUGCAGCACGCUACCUCACCAGCAGAGGAUUGAGCGCUCGUGACUACAACUCCUACGGCUCACGUCGAGGUAACGACGCCGUCAUGGCCAGAGGGACUUUUGCCAACAUCCGCCUCUUUAACAAGUUCAUCAACAAGCAGGCGCCACAAACCCUUCACCUGCCAACUGGAGAAACGCUGGAUGUGUUUGAUGCUGCAGAGAGGUACCUACAGUCCGGUGUCCCUCUGAUGAUUCUGGCAGGGAAGGAGUACGGCUCGGGCAGCUCCAGAGACUGGGCGGCAAAGGGCCCCUUCCUACUGGGUAUUAAGGCCGUUAUAGCAGAGAGCUAUGAGCGGAUCCACCGCAGUAACCUGGUUGGAAUGGGAGUGAUCCCUCUGGAGUAUCUAGCAGGAGACACUGCUGACAGCCUUGGACUGACCGGCCGAGAGCGCUACACCAUCAUCAUGCCCGAGCAGCUCACACCCAGGAUGAUAGUGGACGUAAAGCUGGACACAGGGAAAACCUUCCAAGUGAGGAUGAGGUUCGACACCGACGUGGAGCUGACGUACUUCCACCACGGAGGCAUCCUCAACUACAUGAUCCGCAAGAUGUCCGAAAACUAACAUGCCAAGUACAGCGACACGUGUCAUUUUCUAACUGUCAGCUAACAGUCCAACAUGUGAGUUCAUGUAAGGGUUGACGUAGAAGAAUAGCGUCCAAAAAUAAUCUAGUUAUUGUCCGUGUUUGGUGCAAAGGAGCCAUUUACAGAGCGCUGAUUUACAGCCUGAAAUCAUUUAUCACAAUGUUCUCAUUGUUGAGAAUGCUGCUACUUCUUUUAGUUGUUUAGACCGGGGGGGAUAUAUAUAUAUGAGAUGUGUAUAAAUAUAUAUAUAUAUAGUAUGCAAGGUAAGAGGAUGUUGAUUUAAAGAGUUAAAAUGAUAGCUCAGCCAAAUGUCUGAGGGGUUUUAGGGCUGUGUCAGGGUUUCAGCUGAGCCAAGGAAAAGAGUUAUUCCGCUUUAUUACAACGUCAGUCUGAAGUUGCUUCUCCAGCUGAACACACUGGUGAAAUACUGUAUUACAGAUUACAGUAAUUAUUAUCUGAUGCUGCACAUGGGUUCAGCUGUUUCCAUCUGAUCUGCCCUUCUUCAGGUUGUCCGUUUUAUUCACAAACAGUAUCGUGAUUUCUCUUCCUGCUGUCCGUCUCAGAUCACUUUUAAAAGAAAACACGCCUGUUUUGUUCUUCAGACAUUCCAAAUGUCGAUGUAAAUCUUGCUUUUGCUAAUGUUAUUAACUGCCUUAAUAACUGCUUAUGUGGGGAUGUUUGUGUCUUCUUGCACCUUUUAUCCUAAAACACUGAUCAUUUUGAUUAAGAACACUGACAAAAUCUUGAUCCAUGUGCAUUACUCUCUGCCACUGAUUUACUGAAAAACAAUAAAAUGUCAUUUUGUUUUUUGGUA